AUGAACGGAUUACAGCUAAUCGGCUUAGCUGCACGACGUGUAACGACCUCGUUACUGAAUGUUCGAUCAGUAACGCCCACUCUUAGUAUUAUUCGUUGUGAUACCCAAAGUAGUGGAACCAAAGGUCCUCAACACGUAAGUGGGACGAUAUCAUCAGAUAGCAGAGGUUCGACAAGACAAGGCUCAUCCAGUAACUCUGGUUCCAGCAAAGGUGAUCGAAGUGGACCUGAAGCUUCAUCAUCCUCGUCAUCAUCUGAUGGUCAUGAAAGAAGUAGCACUGGACAGUCGUCAUCUGGAAAGGAUGGAAGCAGCAGUAGAAAUGAUCAAACUCAUUCAGACUCUGCUGGUCGUUCAACGUCUGGUCUCGGUGGUAGUUCUGAAUCAAGUCCUGGUUCACCUAAUAAUAGUGGUCAAGUUCAUGCGUAA